UCGUCGUUUUGUUCGUUUCGAAGAAUAAUUUUUUUGUGUCAACUUUAAAUUUAAUUAAAAAAGAGGAAAAAAAAAUAUUGACACAUUUAAUAAAUCUAUGUCAAUGUUGACUUAUCAUUAAAAUAGUUCACAAUAUUUAUUCAACGAAUUUUAGUGAAAAAAAAAAACAAAACAACAAAAAAAAUGACAAUCCUCGUCUCUGUGAUUUUAUUAUCAGCGAUUUUUGGAGUACAAGGUCAAGGCAUAGGUGACCGUUGUAUCGUGCAGUAUAAUCGACAAGCUGGAACCUGUAAAGCUGUCGCAAAUUGCCCAAAAGUCUUGCAAGAUUAUCGAAAUCGAGGAAUUCAACCGACACUUUGUGGAUGGGCUGGUUUCACGCAAAUCGUUUGUUGUCCGGGAGCUGCUCCAAUUCCAGUGACGACAACAACAACAACGACGACGACAACUACGCAGAGACCUACGACGACAAAAGUUCCCACAGCGAACAGGACUUACACGACUAAAAGUGCUCAAAAUUGUGCCAGAUAUCAAGAAUACGUUUAUGAAUACGUGAAAUUUGGUGCUUUGGUCGAUGGCGGUGACGUCAAUAAGCGUAAAGUUGAUCGCUGUGGUCAUAAAACUGUGGCGUUGAUUGUUGGAGGUGAAGCUGCCAAGCCGAGAGAAUUUCCUCAUAUGGCUUUGAUUGGAUAUGGCGAACCCGAUGCGAUCGAAUAUUUAUGCGGCGGAUCUUUAAUUUCGGAAAAUUUCGUUCUUUCGGCGGGACAUUGUGCUUCGGGGCGUGCGGGACCUGCAGCGUACGUGCGUUUAGGGGAAUUUGACAAAUAUCGUACUGACGAUGAUGCUCGCGUUGAAGAUUUUAACAUAAUUCAGGUCAUUCCGCAUCCCGCUUAUAAAAGUAGUUCGCAAUAUAAUGACAUUGCGCUGUUUAAAUUGGAUAGAAAUGCGAAGUUAAGUCCUUAUGUUCGUCCUUUGUGUUUGCCUGAUAAAAGGGAGAUCAAGGAAAGAAAGGCAAUCGCAUCCGGUUGGGGUCGCAUUGGAUGGACCGAUGAUCUUUCGGAGCAACUUUUGAAAGUAACUCUUGACUUUUUCCCGCACGACGAAUGCGCUGAAAGUUACGGCACAAAUCGCAAACUCCCGAACGGCAUUAUGGAAAAUCAACAACUUUGCGCGGGAUCUCAUGACGACAACAAAGACACGUGCGAAGGCGAUUCUGGAGGUCCUUUGCAAGUUUUCCAUCCGGAUCUUUACUGCAUGUACCAAAUUGUUGGAAUUACGAGUUUCGGAAAGGGAUGCGGACUUCAAGGACAACCCGCUGUUUAUGCGAGAGUUUUUGAGUUUGUGCCAUGGAUCGAAAGUGUAGUUUGGCCUUAAAAAAUCUAAUAAAAAUUAUUUUUAACGAAUGACAAUAAAGAAGAAUUUUUUUUCAUUUUAGAAAAAGUUUUUCGCGAAAUAAAGAUAAAAAUAGAAGAUAACACAAUUGAGUCUCGAUAACUACUUUAAACUUAGUCAUUGAAAAAAAAAACAAGAAUUAAAGACGACGAAAUGAAGAAGACGAACUAAUUUAAUUAAAACUCUUUUCUUUUGUUUCCAUUCUUAUCCUGUU